CGCUGCAGUUUGGUUUAAAUGUCCGAGGCAAAUCAUGAAUUCAAAAGUCAUGACUGAAAACUGGCACACUUUUCUUCGUUUCAUCUUUAAAAUGCGUUUUCACAUUGUUGUCGCAGCUGUAUUUUGGUCAGACCUCGUGGACUCGCGGAAAAUAAGAGGAAUUUCAUCUUCGUAUAAACGAUUCUACAGAGAGAAGAAAUCGUUCCUUUGCAUAGACGGGUCUAAAAUGAUCCCGUUUGAGCAGGUGAACGAUGACUACUGUGACUGCCAGGACGGCUCUGAUGAACCAGGCACCUCAGCAUGUCCUCGAGGCCGGUUCUACUGCACUAACCUGGGUUUCCGCCCACACUACAUCCCAUCCUCACGAGUCAACGAUGGCAUCUGCGAUUGCUGCGACGCCUCAGAUGAAUACAACAGCCCCGCUCGCUGCCAGAACUCGUGCUGGAAUCUAGGGCAGAGGGAGCGGGCCUUCGUGGAGGGCCAGAUGAGGGCGUUGGAUGAGGGGCUGAGACUUAAACAGCAGCUUAUAGAGGAGGGAGUGCUACUCUGGAGGGAAAAACAGGCACAACUACGCGAUCUGCAGCAGGUAGCAGAAGACCUCCAGAUCAAAUUACAAGAACAUAGGAGGAAGAAAAACGAGGCUGAGCAAGCACUGAAAGCUCUGCAGUCCAUUGAUGGUGGUCACACAAGAUACAACAGCUCUGCAGUGGAGCUUUUCAACCUUUUGGACAGCAACAAAGAUGGCAGCCUAUCUGUUGAAGAAAUCCAGUCCAAAGUGACAUUCAUUCAGGAUGAGCAGAGAGUUCUCACAGAGGACGAAGCUGUGACUCUGCUGGGAGGAGCGCGGCACAUGGAUCUGAGCACGUUUGGGAACAUGCUUUGGGACACCCUGACGAGAGGAGACAGUGUGAAGAUCAAAGAGACGCAUGCAGCCGGAGCAGGCAGGUCUGUGGGUGAAGAUCCCCAUUUGAAAGCAGCUGAUAGAGCCGCCGAGUGGGAGGCGACGAAUCUCAAGAAGGCAGAGGAGUCCUAUGAACGAGUCAACGCAGAAAUAAGUGAACUUCAGAGGAAGCUGGCUAUCGAUUACGGCACAGACUGGGAGUUCCUCUUCUUGAACAGCCAGUGUUUUCAGCUCCAGGUUUAUGAAUACACCUACACCCUUUGCCCGUUCAAUCAAGUGACACAGAGGAGCGCCGCGGGUACCGAGGUCUCAUUAGGAGUUUGGGGGAUGUGGUCCGGAAGUGCCCAGAACGUGUACAGUCAGCAGGUGUAUGAGAACGGGGAGCCGUGCUGGCAGGGGGGCUCCCGAAGCACCACUGUCACGCUGACAUGCGGAACAGAGACAGGCCUGCGAACAGCCAAGGAGCCCAGCAAAUGCCAGUACAUCAUGGACCUCCAGACUCCCGUAGCCUGUCAGCCCGUGCUCAAGCAGCGGGGGGUGCACAGCGAACUUUGACCCCGUCCCCAUGGUGACAGGCCGGGGUCCCGCGGGUGCCCCCCCGACAUCUGUGUUGUCAGAACAUAUAUACUUCCAACAAGUCGAGCUAAGGCCAUCCGCAGAUAAUAGCACUUCACUUGUCAUUGAUUGUACAGUGCUGCUAGCCUGGCCAGACAGACUAAUACACAACUAUUAGGCCUAUGCAAAUAUAUAUAUGUAGUAUAUUAUUUUUGCAAUUAGGGAGUGAAAAAAAACAUAUCAAAUGACUGAAUGAAACUGAGUACAUGGUAAAGUAACAUACAAUUACACUUGAAGACUACAGACUGCCACUGAUCUCGCUUUCUCACAGCCGAUACCGAUCUUGAUUCUUUUAAGGUCCUAUAUUACGCAAACUUGACUCUUGUAAGCUUUAAACCAUGUUAAAAAGUUGUUUCCUCAUCAAAAACACACCUGGAGUUGUGUUUUGUCUCAUUCACACAUGUUUGAGUGACCCUUUAUUAUUAGUCUGUCUAUAUCUCCAAAGCUCAAAACGCUCUGUUCCACCUUGUGAUGUCAUGAAGUGGUAGUUAACAGCUACUUUUUAUCUUUGUUUAGUAGAGGUUGGAAAUUGUAGAGCUGAAGUUAUCCAGACGAUUCUAGUGAAGGUGCAUGGAGUUUAAAAACACAUUGGAACACUUCCUGUAUCACCACAUGACAUCACAAGGUGGAACAGAGUGUUUCCAUUUGAGAGAAGAACUCAACCUGAAUAUGCAUAAAAACACAGCAAAACACAGCUCCGGGUCUGUUUUUCAUGAGGAAACAACAUUAUAACAUAGAUGAGAAAAUAGCGUAAUAUGGGCCUUUUAAAUACCUGCCAAUACCCGAUCUUAACCGAUACCAGCAUAGGACCUGAAGAUUGCAUUUCCUACCUUAAAAUGCAGUUAAAAUGUUAUAAAACGGAUCCAAUUGUGUUAUGGUUUGUGUUACGUGUUAUGUUGUUUUUACUGCAAGUGACUACAGAACAGCUUUGUUUGAAUUGUAGCCCAAACACGAGGAGACACUCUGAGCCAACAUCAGCCUGUAAAUAGUCUUAUUACAUCCAUUUAAAGGCACAACCACAAUAUCUGCUGAACCGAUAUCAUGGAACCGAUACCCGAGCCAGCAAAUCUUUGUCAGUCGAUUCUAGUAUCGGUAACAGUGCCCUGCCUCCACCAAGACGUUAUUCGUAUGCCGCAGUGAUUAAGAAACUUGGGAUUGUCUAUGUAAAGCUAAACAUUCUUCCCCAAAUCUUGAAUCUAACCACUAACUUGAUUGUUUAUUAUUUUGUGUAGUAAUUUAUCUGAGAGUUUUCUGACUUGCCAGGCUACAGAGUUUUUUGUUUUUUCACAAGAAGCCUAAUAGGUAAAUAUAUUUUAGAUAGAAUGUUUCACUGCCCUACAUUUGUAAGUGCUUGAGUCAUUCCUAUAACAAAGUCAACUCUAAGACCACUGAACUCCGGGAGCAGCUAAGAUCACUUUUACCAGUCUUAGUAAGCAGCAAUAAUAGAGCUACGACCUUCCACUUUGCUUGAUUACAUGUCAUCAUUGUGGUCAAACCAGUAGAAAUAGCACAUCUUUACAAUGUAUGAAAAAGCCAAAUGUUGUGCUAUCAUGUGUGUUCCUUCCAUAGAAAUAAUAAAUAAAACUCCAUGUCCACUCCU